UUUUUUAGAAAGCGAACCCUGAACAUUAAACUAAUCUCACAAACAUGAAAUCUGGAGCGAUUUUUAAAAAGUAAAAUUUUUUAUGUCUAAAAUAAAAUAAAACAGCAGUUGCAAUAAAUAUUUAAUUAUUUGUCAAAAAUAUAAUGUCGCUUUACUUAGAUUUAUACUCUUUCGAAAAUUUUAAUGAAAAUUAUUUUAAAAUCGACGACAUCCUCGCUACGCAAGAACGGCUCGUCUGCCGCUUCGAAACCGAGAUACCAAAUAUGGGUUAUCUGGACACAAGUUCUGACUCUACAAACAUCCUCCCUGGGACAAAAUUAGAACUCCCACUCUGGCUAGUGUUGCCACUAUCAACCCGACAGCGUCAAUACGCCACAGUCGACUUGCCCAAGCAGUAUGGAUCGGCCUACAGAGAGAUCUUUUCAGCAGAUGCUUCAGUUGUCGAUCUACACAAGUUAGGACCCCACUACUAUCGACUGGGGCUACAGCUAGUAAACUGCUGCUAUUUGGAAGCUGUUGAUAUCUGUAAAAGCUUAUUAACUACAUUUCAGAAAAGACUCUGUAGAAUAAUAGACACGUCCCUAAAUUCAUCCGAACAGGACGCAAACAAAUUCAAAGAGAUACUAGAUCAGGUCGAAAGAUGUCUUUAUCGUUGUGGCCAGAAGUGUACUCAAGAAUUUUUAAAAUGGCAGUCGAGAGAAAUUGAAAAGAUAACAUCAUCCGACAUGGUCGUCAACAUUAGGAAGAGAAAACGAUACCAGAUGGAGAAUAGCUAAUUAUUUAUUCAUUUGCAUUCAAGUUAUCUUUUAUCAUUUUAUGUUUUGUUAUUUAAUAGAUUAUUAUAUUUGUUACUUUUGAAUUAAUGAAUUGAUUCAAUUUUUGGCUGGUUUUUUAGUUAUUUAGGUUAAACAUUUCAUAGUUAGCUAUAAUGAAAAUAUAUUGUAUAAAUUUCUCUGUUAAUUUACCUUUUUUUUCUCUCACUCUCUCUUUCUUCAUAUAUAUUUUUAAGUACUUCUUCAUAAAUAUUUAUUUGUAUUUUCAUCCUUAUUAUUUAUAGUUUUAUUAUUUAAAGUUUUUUUUUCUGAAAGUUUCCUUAACAAAUUUAUUGAAAAUAAAAGUCGACAACAAC